GUUCAAACUGGAAGACAAAGUACCGAAUGCGCAGAAUUUUUCUAAAGCACAGACCGAACAAAGCUUCAUUUUUGCUCCACUAGAGGCAUCCACUUUUGCUUCUACAUAUGAUAAUGCAGGACCGGUUAAAAACAUUAAUUAUGGCAUAUAUAAUUAGGACAAAAAGAAGAUGGCCAAAGGCAUGGAGCUCAGAAGAAUUUACUGUAUCGAUAUCAUGUAAAAAAGAUUUAUAACAACAUUCAUAUAAUAGCCAAUCAAAUUUAAAUAUUUAAUUAUAUUUUGCAUUGUUCUUAUUUGUUUUUUUUUAGAUCAUAUCGAUGCAGCAGAUUCUUCUGAACAGUUCUGUUGCCUUGGUUUACGUUUUGAUCGUUCAAUUUUGUUAUAAUUAAUGUUUCUACGUGACACUGCUGUGUGUAUACAUGAACGAUUGUGACACCUCUUGUGGAGAAAAAAUAAGGCUUUGUUCGAGGUUCAUACAGCGCUAAUUGCGGUAGUGGUAAAACGCCCAAACUGUUAGUCAAAUUACCAGCAGUUGACUUCGGUUAACAGUUUAAGCAUUUUGCCGCUACUCCAAUCGGUGCUGUAUGGACUUAGAACAACGCGGGGUCACUGAAAAACAUUAAUGAUGGCGUUAUAAGAACAUACAAAAAUUCACCGUGGAUAGAGAAUUGUUCAGGAGAAUCUAGUGCACUCAUAUAAUGCGAAGAAAGCUGGCUACAACAUCGUAAAACAUAAUUAAUUAACACAAUAGUCAAUAAAAUUUCAAGGAGCAAUUACAAUGUUGUCGUCUACAUUUUUUAUACAAUAUCGAUGCAAUAGAUUCUCCUAAACAUUCCUGUGGUUUUGUUUUAUUUUAUUAUGUCCUAAUUUUGCCAUAAGUAAUGUCUUACGAUGAUCCUGAAUUGUGUAUGUAUGUGACGAUAUGUGCCACAGCACACGUUUGAAAACCCAUAAAUAGACGCGAUUAUGACAGUCUGUGAUAUGAAAUCAAUGAGCAGUAUCACCACGAAUGCUCAUUACAGAGGUCUAAUAGGUACUUUUAUUGGCGCAUUGACAAAGAUAGGAGAUGAUAGAAGCAUGCAUCGACUGAUACAAAUUGGUACUCGAGCAAGCAAUUUCUAUAAUUAGCUAUAUUUUAUCAGGUGAAGAAUGAAUAAUCCUGCGAUCGAACGUGGCAUUCUUCAUAGAUAAAUGGAGUGAAGCAAAUUACAUCGCGUCUUCGCAGCGCCGUCAUCGAGCGAUAACUUGUCUGCAACUAUGUAUAGCCAGACUUUGUCGUCGAUACGGAUAUGUAUAACCGUUACAAUUUAACGAAUUACGUAAGUCAAGGAUGUUAUCUGAGAGUUUUCUGAACUAUUAAUAAUCAAUCGUUAAGCGUAUUUUAGGUCGUGCCAGUGUCUUGUCAGACGCGAGAACGUCUGUACCACGUUUGAAAAUUAGCCGUUCGCUGACAGAAUUAUGAGCAACGAAAAUAUCGAGAGAACGGUUCUCGCGCUCUACGGUCAAGGUAGAUGGGAAGAUAUCGCCAAUCUCGAAUGUAGUUCGAACGAAUUUGAGAAAUGUCGAUUAUUCUGGGUUCUGCCAACCGUGAACGAUCUACGUUGGAUCAAAGAAUUAAUGGAGAAGAACCACGUGGUUGGAUUGACAAGUGUAGGGUGCGGAACUGGAUUAUUUGAGUGGUUGUUUGAAACGUAUUCUGGGUUGGAAGUUGCCGGCAUAGAAUUGGACCGAUCAUGGUGGUGCAGCAAGUAUUCUCCACCUUUGUUUUUGAGCAAUGUGUCGCUCGUUCGCGGCGGCAACACAAAAGAUAUACGCGUGCCGGAAAACCACGCCAUUCUGUUUUGUUAUUUUAACAACGGACCGGCGUUUUGCGAGUACGUCGAGAAUUACAAAGGGAAGUUGAUCUUCGUGAUCGGACCUGAAGAGAAUCAACACCGUUGGACCGACCCGAUGCCUUUCGACGAAAAGUUUCACGAAUUUGGUUGGCAGCUGUUAGGCGAUAAAAAAAUUGAACGAACCGACGAUUACAUCACGGUCUACGGUAGACGAUGAACAUUUCAAAUUGUCCGAUCUG